CUCAUCUAAUAGUACAUGCAUUGUUUCUUCCACACAUGGAUUUCACACAUGACCAGAUGCACCCAGACAGCCUUCUUGUCAAGAGGCUUGUUUGAUCAUGGGUUCAAUGCAAUGUAUAAGUAACAGGGUAUGCCUAAUAUUUCAGGGAGUGUGACCUCUGACAAGGUUCAAUGCUUAGUUGGGUCUCAUUUUACAAGGGUGUUAAAGUUAGCAGUGCUGCAUGAUGAGUGGUGGGGUUUCAAAGGAAGAGAUCAGCCCUGAUCGGGAGGUCCAAGAAGUUCUGAAGAAUGAGCUGGAGAAGCAGGCAGCUGCUGAGGCACGUCCACUUGGGAAGCCCCAUGUCCCUGUUGCCAACUAUUCACUUGAACCCAUUCUUCCUAGUGCAACGAAGGCCAUUGGUCUUCCCACUGACCGUCCCCACACUUCGGGAUUCCAAUGGAGUCCCCGGUUGGGAGAUGGAUCCCGUAGUGCCUUCUCUCCCUAUCGGCCCAGCACGUUGUUGACCAACAUGUCCAGAGGGAAUGUACGUGCUGAAUGUCCUCACAUAAAUCCAAAUGACUUCAGCCUAUAUCAAAGAGCCGCUCAAGGUGAACUUUCCUUGGACACUAUUCCUGAGAUGAUAGAUGCCACUGAUGGGGGAGGGCUGACUCUGUUGAUGUGGGCCAGUGCAUAUGGGCAACUGUUGACAGUCCAGAUGCUCUUAAAGAAAGGAGCAGAUGUAUGCAAGCAGGGGAAGAAUGGGGAGACAGCCCUGAUGCUUGCAUGCAGUGGGGGUCAUGUUGAUGUCACUCGAGUCCUUCUCACCUCUGGUGCUUCCCACAAUGUGGCAGACACUCAUGGGAACACAGCUCUGAUGUAUGCAGCCCAUGCAGAUUCUCCCCAUUGUGUAAGCAUGCUCCUGAAGGCUGGAGCUAACAUAAUGGACACAAAUUUGAAAGGAGAUUCAGCAUAUGGCAUUGCUGUCAAGCGACGCUCUUCCCUUGCACAAACUGUGAUGGAGCAAUAUCUACUGUCCAUGUUGGCGGGAGCAUAGGAACUGAUGCCCUAGGUGAUGGUGUAACCCCUGUGAUAAGGUGAAGCAUGGAUCCUUGGAUUGAAAGUGGAAACUCUGUUUUAGAGAGGCACUGAAAUUGAACAAUAUGCCAUGGCUUUCACCCUGUGAUAGCAUGUGAAUUUUGAAUCCAAUCGCCCGGCUCAAGUCUGAAUUGUAUCCAUGUGGAUCUUGUCCAUAUUCCAUGGUUUUUUUUUUCAUUUUUUUAUGUCUUAAUAAAUUAUGGUCGUACAGGA